AAACGCUUGGGGGCGAGUCCGCGAACGGUUCGUUUCGGAAGCGCUCACUGAGAGAAAACCAAACCGCAAGACCCCAAACACCGCGCCGAACCCUAACGGAGAGAGAACAAAGAUCACCAGAAAAUGGCGAGCAGCAGCGCGGCGAAGAACUCCAAGAAGACGAACCUCCUCGAUCACCACUCCAUCAAGCAUCUCCUCGACGAAUCCGUCACCGAGGUCGUCAAGAGUCGGGGGUACGCGGAGGACUCCAGGUUGAGCAACGUGAGGUUGCUGAUCGGAUCCAUCAUCAUCGCCAUCGCGCUCCUUGCGCAGUUCUACCCCAAGAAGUUCCCCGAGAACAGGGAUUUCCUUAUUGUUUGCAUCGGAUUGUAUGUGGUAUUUAACGGGCUGUUGCAGUUCAUCAGCUACACGAAGGAGAAGAACGCUAUCCUUUUUACUUAUCCUCCGGCUGGAUCUUUCAAUAGUACUGGAUUGGUUGUGUCUUCGAAGUUGCCAAGGUUCUCUGAUAUGUACACUCUUACAAUAGCCAGUGCAGAUCCAAAGUCCAUUUCUGCUAAUAAGCCAGUUGUUCUGACAAAGAGUGUCACAAAAUGGUUCACCAAGGAUGGUGUCCUUGUUGAAGGUCUCUUCUGGAAGGAUGUUGAGAAACUGAUUGAUGAUUACAAUGGGGAUCGGAAGAGCAAAUGAGAUCAGACGUUUUCAAGACUAGUUUAUGAAAACCUGCUUUACACAUUUGGUGCAACGGGGGGAGCCCUUUUCUGAUUGAAGCAUUUGCUAGAUUGCUCAACCUAUGAUAGUGGAAGUAAAUUGCAUGAACUAACUCAAAACAGCUUACAAAUUGUUAAAUCCAACAUUCUGUCGCAAGCAAAUGUCAUCUACUGACUGACCUGCUGAAAUCAAGAAAUCCAGUUUCUCGGAAA